UUCCGAAAAGUGACCGGAAACUGGAGACGAUCGAAAAUAGGCAACUCUACCCUAUACGGCGAAAAAUUAAAUGGCACAAUUCUUGCUAUUCAGUGAAAGUAGUUCCUUAAAAAAAAUCAAUUAGAAAUUUUUAAGUGUGUUAAGUGCCUUAAAAAUCUGCUGCGUCAAAUAAAUUUGCUGAAUGCUGCCCAUUUAGUACAAGUUGUCAACUAGACGUGUCCUUGACAUUUUGUGUUUUUAGAACACAAUUUUUUUUUUCAUAAAUAAAUAGAAAAAAAUAUUAUUUAUUUUAACAAUUAUUUAUUUUUAAUCUCUUUAUAAAUUAAAAUUCUUAGAAAAAAUUGUCUAUAUUUAUAAAUGAAGUAAGAAAUAAAAUAUUUAAACAAAAAACUAUUCAAUUAACCCUUUCCUUCGCAGCAAAUUUCCCAAAAAUGUCAUCGUCAGUUCAUCAAAUUGGAUCUUUGUGCGAAGAUUGCCUACAAUUUGGCUUAACAAACUAUCUAAAACCUUUCUACAUCAAUUUAGAUGAACAAAUUAUCAAAUGUGAAAGUUCCCAAUGUAUGUUUCCUUAUCUACGAAAAUCUAUAAUAACUGAUUUAACCAAUUCCAAACCAUCAGAAAACUCAGUCUUUUUGGAUGAAUUCUUUGAGCAAAGCUUACAACAAAUCAAUGAAGUACCCGCCAAAUCGGAAAUACUCAAAUGUCACACAAAAGUUGAAAAAGAUCCAACAGAUCCAUUUGAUUUCUCUGCCAUAUUCAUGGAUCAUCCAAUAAAAACCGAAAUCAAAGAGAAACCUUUGAUUGUUGUUAAACAAGAACAAAUUGUUCCGCCUCCAGUUUUUGUAUUGGAAUCGAAAGUUAUAAAGAAUUCAUGGAAGACUCAAGAUUCUAAGCCAGUUAUUAAAACAGUAAUGCCUCAAAAAUCUAGAAUUUCUAGAUGUUUGUCAGACGUUAAGUCAAAUUCAAAAUUAUUGAAUGGCAAAAGAAAAGCCGUCGGUGAAAGAAUCGAACCAGUUCUUGUGGUCGAACCGCACAGUGGCAAGUCUAUGAGACCAUUAGAUUUGAUUAAACGUUAUAUUAAGAAUAAAUGAAUCUAGGGAAACAUAAAAUGUAGAAAAGGAGAGAUUUAAAUUUUUUUUAAAGACUGAUUUUCUAGAAUUCUUGAUAAUUUAGCUGGAAAAUGAAAAAUAUGCUAAGAGGAAGAAGAAACCUCGCUGAGGUUUCUUCUUUCUCUUAACAACUCGGUAAUUUUAUAAACUUAAUUUGGCUUAGAAGCUCAAAAACUUCGAUAGCAACAUUUAAUUUUAGGUAACAUAGUUUUUUUUAAUAGAUUUUAAAUUAAUUAUAAUAAUUUAUAAGUAAUUAGUUUUUUUUAAAUUGAUGUAUAAGUAGUCUUUGUAAUAAAUUAGUGUUAUAAAUAAAUGUAAUUAUAAUUUAAUUGAAAGUUACAAUGUUGAUUGUA